AAAAGGUUGUUGAGCUUCACAAAAUGGGAAGUGGCUAUAAGAAAAGAGCACAAUUAUUGAAAAUUCCCAUUUCCACCAUCAGGGCAAUAAUUAAGAAGUUCCAGUCAACUCGAAAUGUUAUGAAUCAACCUGGAAUUAGACGUGUGUCUAUAUCGUCUGUGCACUGUGAAGAGGGCGGUUCGAGUGGCCAAAAAAUCUCCAAGGAUCACAGCUGGGGAAUCGCAGAAGUUAGUUAGUCCUGGGGUCAGAAAGUCUCCACAACUACAAUCUGAAGUCCCCUACAUCACCACAAGUCGUUUGUAAGGGUUUCAAGAAAAAAUCCUUUACUCUCAUCCAAAAACAAACUCAAGUGUCUUCAGUUUGCCAGACACUACUGGAACUUCAAAUUGGAUCGGGUUCUACGGUCAGAUGAAACCAAAAUAGAGCUUUUUGGCAAUAAACACCAGAGGUGGUUUUAGCGCACACAGAUAGGAAGCCAUAUGGAAAAGUACCUCAUGUCCACGGUUAAAUAUGGUGGGGGCUCUUUAAUGUUUUGGGGCUGUUUUUCUGCCAGAUGACCUGGACAUUUUGUUAGGAUACAUGGCAUCAUGGACUCUAUCAAAUAUCAACAGAUAUUAAAUGAAAACCUGACUGCCUCUGCCAGGAAGCUUAAAAUGGGCCGUGGUUGGAUCUUCCAGCAGGACAAUGAUCCAAAACAUCAAAAUCAACACAAAAAUGGUUUACUGACCACAAAAUCAAGGUCCUGCCAUGACCAUCCCAGUCCCCUGACUUGAACCCCAUAGAAAACCUGUGGGGUGAACUGAAGAGGACAGUCCACCAGCGUGGACCUCGAAAUGUGAAGGAUCUGGAGAGAUUCUGUAUGGAGGAACGGUCCCAGAUCCCUUGCCAUGUAUUCUCCAACCUCAUCAGCAUUAUAGGAGAAGACUCAGAGCUGUUAUCUUGGUAAAGCAAAGUAGCACAAAGUAUUGACUAAAAGGGUCCCAAUAAUUGUUGCACACCUAUAAUUAACAGACUUUUUUUCUUUUUUUUUGAUAAACCUGUGUUGUGUUUGCAAUUGUUUGAUAUCCACAAGAGCAGAGUAUUUUUGUGAAUUUUUUAAACAAAAGAUCAAAAGCUUAAACAAUAAAGACACAUUUUCACAGCCUUCUUUUACCUAGGGUGCCAAUAUUAGUGGAGGGCGCUGUAGAUAGCCUGCUGUGCUGUUCCUGGCACUACAUCUGUCACAUGCUUACAUACUUAGUUAUUCUCCGCUGCUCUUUAAGUAAAUAUUCCACACAACUGCAAUAUUGUAUUCUAUUUGUAUUUUUUAAAUUAUUGUCUAGUCACCUAAGUAGGUUUGCAUGUUGUUUUUUUUUUUGUAUGAACAAUUGUCUUUGGCAUACUUUGAAUGUGACGAGUAAAAUGACUUUGGCUUUAACUUUGCAAAUGCAAAUACAAAUAUGCAAAUGUACAUAUGGUGUUGAUUUUGAAUACAAUCCCAAUGUCACUGCAACACACCUGUUCAUUUAUUUAUUAAUGCGCAGGUCAUAGCCAUAAAUUAGAUUUUUGAUUCCCCCCCCACAUUUAUCACAAGAGGUGCUGGAGGCAGUGUCAGCUCCCAGCUCCAGGGUGCCUUGUUUGAUCCUGAGCACUAUCCAGAGUAAUUUUCUGUAUAUGUAUGUGUGGGUUUCACUGUAAUUACCCCUUUGUUCCCUUCUCAUAAGACAACUCCAUCACAAUUGUAAGACUAAUAUAAAUUUUUUGUAGUUUAUUUUGGUGGAGUGUCUCUACAAGACACACCACCUUGUUCUAUUUCACUAUUAUGUUUCACAUGUAAAAAAAAUGCCCGUAGCAACUUAAGUUGCUUUAUGAUACAAAUACAUAAUAUUGUAGUAUUAUUCAAUGUUGAGUACUGUUCUCAAAAUAAUUUAAAGAUGUUUGAUUUCUCAGCCAGUGAGGGACAUCAGGAGGAAUCUGCGAUGUCUUUCGCUCAUGGAACUUUGAUUUGUCUUCUUUUAGCUCAUUGGGCUACAGUAAAAUCACAGGGCAUGCUACCACCAGGCUUUCCUCCGCUGCCUCAAGACUUUAAGGAAAUGGCCAAGAAGAUGAUGACCAUAUGCUCCAUGAAAGGUUAUUCUCCACCUAUCCUAAUGGACUCCAUGUUGAACAGCUCUUUCUUCAAACCAGAUGAGAUGACAAUGGGAAACCCCAUCUCUAUUUUUGCUUCCCUUCUUUCUUCACUCCCUCCUCUCUCUUCACCCAUUGCGAAGCCCAAUGAAACAGACCUGGCCUUGAACAUCACAGAGAAAAUGUGCAACAGUUCGAAUCUGCCACAAAUGAUCGACCACAUGUGGAACACCACGGAGAAGACACACUGUUUCAUACGAGCAUUCUUGGCUCCUCUCUCCUGGGUGGCCAUCGUACAGAAUGCUACACAAUUUGACCCACAGCAGCUCAGAAAGAUGCUUUGGGUGGCUAAACCUUUCCUAGAAAUGUCAAAUUCUUCUCUAAUGCUGCCUCGAACACUGCAGGGCUCUCAGCUCCCCUUAAUGAUGCAGACAUUCAAUGAGGUCUUCGUCUCCCUUUCAGAAGGGCAAAGGAAUGAUAUCAGGCAAUGGAUGAAAGAGAGAUUAACAGAACAUGAUCACAGUUGUGCACCAAAUAAUAGCCUUACCGGUGUUCCCAGUCCACCAAUGCCAGUACAACCUUCCAUGCUUAAUUCUUCAAUUUCUGGCUGUCAAACCAAAAUGCCUUGGCUGAAGGCUGACGUGCUGAGGAUGAUGGGACGUUUCAUUUCGAAGCUGCCUGAAGCAGAUCUGAGGGGCAUACUUACAGAAGAGUUGUGUAAGUUCUUCCAGUCUCCAGAAUUCCCAUUUUCAUUCAGUAAUGUCAGCGGGAUGCAGACUGCGAAUGCUCAGACACUAAUGCAGCGACUCAAGCGAGAGUGUUUCAAUGCCACACAGAACUUCCCCAACCAAAUGGACAGGCUUGGGUAUCUCGUCUGUUUCUAUGAUGAUCCCCAGUCGCUGAAUGCGACACUAAUUAAAAAGCUGCUCCACCAGCUGGGGGGUUGUGAACCCAGUGGGAUUGAUGAGAUGAGGAAACAGUUGGUGAGGAAGCUGAUGUCAGAUGGCGAGCCUCCCACUUCUGAGAUGCUGCAUUCUCUGGGCUCCGGGAUGUUGCUUCUCUCUCCUUCCAUACUGUCCAGUUUCAGCAGAGACUCUCUGAAUAACACGAUGUUCAGCCUGAGCCAAAUAGAAUGGAAGCCAGCUCAGGCCAAAAUCUUGGUCCAGAAAUUAUUGGAGAAGGCUACGGACAUCAGUGGGGAGAAAUUGUUGUCCCUGGGUUCAAUGGUGAGAGGUGUAGCCAGUGACCUGCUCAAGAAUGUCAAGUCACAAGGCCUGCUGGGAAGCGAGGGCCUGAAAAAUAUAAGUGAGAGGUUGUCUUCGUUACAGAAAAAGGCUCUUCUUGUGGGGAUGCAUGCUGAUGUGAAUGCAAGUUAUUUGGUGAAGGAAAUCCCAGAUGCUCUUAUCGCCUCUCUCUCUCUGUCCUUCCUCGACAAAGCAAACCUUAAUUCUCUCGAUCGGCUGGAGGGCCGCAGCUGGUCCAGAACACAGUCUGUUUACCUUUUGAAGAAGAUUGUAGGUAAUGGGCUCAAACCUGAACAGAUAAGAAAGCUGGGCCAGGCCGUUCAGGGCGUGACCUGCAACAUGAUUGAUGGCAUUGCUCAGAGUGAUAGCUUGGAAGCAACUCAAACCCUUGCCAAUUCUUUUAGCUUGCUCUCUAAGACACAGGUACGCUGCAUGGCUGGUAAACUGUUCCAGAGUCUGGAGAAGCAAAGGCCUGGAUAUUUCACAAACGUCAGCAAAUCAGAGCUCCAGGCCAUUCCAGCUCUGCUGCUUAUCCACCUACCGGUACCGGUGAUUCAGGGUCUCCCAGCCUCCGUGUGUCCUUAUUUCUUGGAGAAGAUGAGUCAAGCCAACCUCUCAUCCCUACCAAACAGUGCACCAUCACGCCGGGAACUUAGAAACAAAGCCCUCAGCUGCCUGGGGAAGAACGCAUCUGCAGUGUCUGCAGCGGAUAUCUCGUCUUUGGGUCCACUUGUGUGUGAACUGGAGCCAACCUGGAUCUCCUCUCUGAAACCUGACGCUCUAAACUUCACUUUGCAGGCCCUGGCGUCCUGCAAACACAUUCCCCAGCCUUCCAGAGGACCUCUGUUCACUCUUCUCACGAAUUUCUACGGGGCCCCAUCUAAUUGGUCAGAGGAUGUCACAAAGUCCCUGGGACCCCUCGUCUUACUGAAUGACGCUGCCCUUGAGGCAUUAUCUUUUAAGAGCUGGCUGAAGAAAUCUUUGUCAGAUCUGCAACACAGCAUGGAGGCUGAGGUUGCAGGUCUGGCCCCAGAGGAGUUCCGUGCCUGGCCCGAUUUCUCAGCCCUCCAGCGCAAACUCUUUCAGCUGAAAACUAAAAUCACCCAGCAGCGGCGCAGGAGAGACACACUAGUACCUACUCUGCCAAUGAUCGAGGAUCUGAGGGAGGGAAAUGUGCUCUGGAGUCCUGCUCAACUGUCCAGCAUGACAGCCCAAACGUAUAGAGACGGCGCGUCUAUCCUGGGAGAGAUACGCAGCUAUACUACAGAACAACUGAUAGCGCUGAAAGACAAAGCUAUAGAGGCAUGGGGAGAUGUAUCGAUGCUUAACGAAUCGAAGAUCGUGGAGAUGGGUUGUGUGUCUCAGAGUUUUAACGCUAAACAACUCCAAAACCUUAGCAUCACCUCACUGGAUACUCUGGAGCUUCUGUCCGUCUGCCAGUGGAACCAAACACAGAAGGAAGCGGUCUUGCGGGGUUUCGUAACGAGAACUGGAAUGAAAAUGGCUAAACUCGGUGCACUCGAGAUGGCAGGCCUGGGCCAGUUUAUUUGCGGACUGCAGCCCAACGAAACCGAGCAGCUCAACGCUACAGAAUUCAAGGAUGCUGCGGGAGAUGUAGGCCGUGCUUCCUGUCCUUUGAGUGUCCUGGAGUGUUUGAAGAAAAAAGCUGUUGCUGCAUUCGGCGACCCAAAAGGCUGGGGCGAAGCUGACGUUAGCGUCAUGGGCAACAUAAUCGCUGGGCUGACUGCCACUGAGCUGGGAUACCUAAGCGCUCCAGUUCUGCCGUUCAUCCGUCAGUCCGCCAUCUCUCUCAUCCCUCCUGAACGUCUGGCGGCGCUUUCAGUGAGCCAGCUAAAGGCUUUGGGUCCUGACAACGCAGCAGCGAUAACAACGUCUCAGCGUGCCGCACUGGGAGUAGAGCAGAGAGCAGCCGUAGACGAAGCAGUGGGACUGGCGGCACAAAAGUCUGAAAUCACAACCACGCUGCCACAGAAAGGAGGGGCACCAAAACAAAGCAUGUUGGGAACUGCGGUCCUUCUGCAGCCCCUUGUAUUGCUGCUGUUGGGAUAUAUUCGCUAAGAAGCACACCACUGAAAAGCUAGCUGGGAAUAUUUAUCUCUCAAUCUCCCAGAUUGAACAGCUAAUGCAUAUACGUGCCUUUGGCUUAUUAGCUUAGGUGACCAUGUAAAGAAAAUGUUAUAUAGCUGUCAUAUAAUCACUACAGAAGCAAUAAAUCCACCUGAGCGGGGAUAGGGAGGGGGGGAUUGGCUAUAUUCCAUCAACGUGGACCUAUACAGUUAGUUCUUAUACAACCAUUUAAUGCUCAGUCUGGAGGAGUGCACCAUAGUGAUUCCAUGGCAGUUUGAUAAAGAUUGGGCGCAGAUUUCAGCCCAGAUUUCUAGUUUAUGGGUAUACAUUUAUUUUUUAUUUCCUGUCUUCAGUUAGCAGUUUCUUAGUAAAGACUGCUGCUUAAAAAUAAAAAAAGUUCAUACGAUUAGUAAAGAGAACAGGGUAGAAUUUCAGGGACUAUAACCAUUUCUCAGGUACAUUUCAGUGAGCAUGUGACUCACAUGGAACCUGCUUUAAGAGACUUGCUACUGCUACUUUAUAUGCAUAUGAAUAUAUUUAAUAGUCCUCUCUCUCUAAUAAAACGAUCAGAUGGAAGAUUAUAACAGUAUAUUUUUGGUAACAGAUUUAUUUUGAGCCUUUUUGAGUUCUGUGUGUU